AUGAUACAUCUUUAGAUUAUGGGGACAUUUCGGGGUAAUAUUUCCUUCGGUUUUUUACGCUUGGUAAACUGUCCUAAUAUGGACACUGUACAUCCUUUUUUGUCAUGUGGUCACGCGCUCCUCCCCUUCAGUUUCUCUACCUUUAGGCUGGGAAAGUACAUACAAUUGACCAUUUUUCGCUUUAUCCUAUUUGUUUUAACCUUGCAAAUUGCAUUUCGAAAACUGGUACAGAACGCUCACUAACAAGGAAAAAUGUUAUUCCAAGACACCACGGUAAAUGGGACUUUUCAAAGCAAAUUAACGUCAGUGGUGGAUGUACUAACCAAAACUGCCAUCGCGGAAAUAAGUAAAUUGUUCGAGGAUGAGUUUGUGGUGUUACGAUUGGAAAUAUGUCGGAGAGACAAUGAAAUAGAAGCCUUAAAAAGAAAAUAUACUGAAAACGAACGGGGAAAGGCAAACAUUUCCAAUGCGCCAGCGGCACGUCUGCUUUCGUCCUCGCCAUUCACAAUUGAACAAGGAACUAGUGGUUCAAUAGAUGUUUCGGGCAGAGGGGCUUCACCUAACACAAGCAAGGAGUUCAACACGCCUACAAAUGUGAAACUUUGCAAAAAUCCAGCACAACCAACCGCAGGUUCACAAAGAGACCUGAAAAAGGUUUCAUUAAAGCAUGAGAUUGAAGGCCUUAACUUGCACCUAAUCAAGGCCGAGCCGGAGGAAGAUGAGGAGAUAGACAGUGUCCAGAUGCGUCUGCCAGGGAGUGACCCUGGUGUGACACAAGGGUGGGACCCUCGGGCUGCUAGUCCUGUCCUGGAUGAGAGAGAACCUUCCCGCUCGUCACCUGUGUCAGAGCGGGACAGCGAUAUAACUGUCGAUUCAGAUGGCUAUUACAGUAUAGCGCAAAACCCAGGUCAUUUAGAAAACGAAAUAGAGCUCAUUCAAAAUGCAUUGGCAAGUCAUGAUAGAGGGCCCAUGGCAGAGAUGAGAUACAGUGAUGUGUUUGGAGGGGAGAAGUCUGUUCCGAGGGCACAGGGACCAGGGCUGACUAUUAUCUCCAACAGAAAGAUAGUGACUCAUGGCACUGUCCGGCCACCGGUCCAUAAACCAACCACCAACGAGAUUCCAGGACAUCCCUGCGUUUGGGCUGGCAGCACUAGAUUGUCGUUGGCCUCCACUGGACAAGAAUUGACUGCUAUUAUUAAAUCAAGUAGGCCUCACGGGAAGGAAAAAUGGUUUGACUGUGGAUACUGCGGGAAAAGCUUUGACCGCUUCAGCCAUCUGAAGAUCCAUCAGCGGAUUCACACAGGGGAGAAACCUUACUCGUGCAGCACCUGUGGGAAGUGUUUCAACCAGAGAAGCAACCUCCGAACACACCAGCGCAGCCACGCACACCUCGGGGCCCUAGCCUAA